AUGCAUCCCGUGCUGGAUAGACAAUACUUUAUGAGUAGAUCGGGGUUUGUCGAAAAGGCCUUUGGCAAGUGUAAUGUUGCCAAACAGGAGCUCACCAACUGUCUGCACGAAAGCAGACUCGCAAAGGAACGCGACCAGAUUUUGAUGAAGCGCAAGAAGACUAAAGAAUUUGAGCUCAAGAGAAAGAAGCUCGAGGAGGAAGAGUACGGCAAAAACGCCUAUCUUAAGAAAGUUGUUGAGCUCGAGUACGAGAAAAGCAAGGCCGCCCACUAG